CAAAGUUUCAGCUUGUGACUCUCGUAAGCUUUUUAUAACUUGCACUUUACUCCUUACGGCUGCUCACUCCAGUUUCAUCGUAUCAUUCAUUUGUCAACGACCCCUCCUCUUAAACUGCUUUAGUGACUCUCACUUGCCAAGUUGGCAUUACCACUAUCUCUUCAACAUCGAUCACUUACUUUCUCAAUAACCAAUUCCCAACCACACCACCUACCUCGUCGCGGCAGCAACCUCCACCGCCUUCUUACAACCUACCUCAUUGUAAACCACCCUGAUCACAAUGUCUUCCCCCCUAACCCCACCCCCUCGCCCCAUCCGCCUCGCCAUCCUCGAAGCCGACACUCCAGUACCCGGCGCACACGCCCGCUACUCCGGCUACCGCGGCGUCUUCACGCACUUAUUCACCCGCGCCCUCGCCUCCUCCUCCUCCCCUUCCUCCUCCUCCUCCUCCUCCUCCUCCUCCUCCCAGGACCAAGACCAAGAUCAAAAACAACAACAAGGACAACAACACCCCUUAUCCUCCUACCUAACCAUCUCCGCCCACGACGUCGUCAACAACCUCUCCGACUAUCCUUCCCUCUCCGACAUCGACGCAAUCCUCAUCACGGGCUCCAAACACAGCGCUUACGAAAAUGACCCAUGGAUUGUGAAAUUGACCGAGUUCGUCAAGAAGGUUCUUACUGAGCAGGAGGGUGACGGUGACGGUGACGGUGACGGUGACUCGGACGACGGAAGCAUCAUCAAAGGGGGGAAAAAGAAGAUCAUCAAAGUCAUUGGUGUCUGUUUCGGACACCAGAUUAUCGGGCGAGCGCUGGGGCAGGUGGUGGAGAGGAACGAGAAAGGGUGGGAGGUUAGUGUGACGCCGGUUGGGUUGACGGAUGUGGGCAGGCGCUUGUUUGAGGGGAUGGAGGAGUUGAAAAUCCAACAAAUGCAUCGUGAUCACGUCGUGGGUGUUCCGGAGGGAGCGCAACUCCUUGCUUCAACCGACGUGUGCGAGAAUCAAGGGUUCGUUAUUCCGGGGAGGGUGUUGACGGUGCAGGGCCACCCGGAGUUUACCACGGAUAUCAUGGAGGAGUUGUUGGAAUUGCGAAAGGGGACUGGCCUUUUCAACGAGGAGCUGUUUGGAAGUGGUAUGGAACGGAACAAGGUGGAUGAUGGCGUCUUUAUAGCCCAGGCUUUUUACAAGUUUCUGCUGCAGGAUUGAGUGACGAGGCUGAUGAAUAGACUACUGAAUUGACUUGGGUCCAGAGCUUACCUAACAUCGCAAGUCAUGGGCUUGUGUCGAACACAGUAAAGGAGUAAUGAACAAUUGAUGUUGGUAUGUUC